GCAGGCGCACUCGCUUGAGAGGAAGUCGACCGAAUGCCUGUUUUCGCGCGGACGGAUGCGAAUUCGUCUCCGGCCGUUGACUUUGGCUGGUCGUUUCGACGCAUGCGUACUUAUCUCCCGCCGUUGCCUUUGUUUUGUUGUCUCUACGCAUGCGCACCCUGUUGUUGGUUUUUGUUUUGUUUUUUGCGCCGACGCAUGCGCACUCCGUUUUUCUGCCUCCGUCUGGAAAGGGUUGCCUCGCUUUCCCAUCCCUGCGCAUGCGCUUACCGCUCUGGAAGGCAAACUAAUCGGCGCAUGCGUACUUCGCCUGGCUUUCUCCUAAUGGCGGCGAUUGGGAAGAAUGGUCUCAAUAUUGCCAGCAGCAGCAGCGACGAAGACGAAGCAGAGGUCCUGCAGCGUGUCCGUGAAGCCGCUUGGGACCCUCCCCGCGGAGGCUUGGAAGCCUCGGCCGCCGAGAAGCUGCUUCUCUCAGACAAACCGAGCCUCAGAACAAAAGCCGGCCAUAAUGAGGAAGAUGCAAAUGAGUUACAAACAACUGCCGGAUUCAAGGCACAUGUGGCCAAGAAACUGGGAGCCAUUUUGGACAGUUCUGUGAUGAUCUGGAAUCAUCCGUCAGGAACCGUAGAGGAGAAGAAGGAAGAGGAAGUAGCAGAUCCACCCGAUGAUGGGUUCCGCCUCUUCUCCUCGUCACUUCCAGAAAAUUCCGAAAAACCCGAAUCAUUGCCUUCCAUUAGAAGGAAGAAGAGACGGUAUUCCUCCUCCAGUUCUUCUUCGGAGGAAUGGCGGCGUUGCCAGGAGGCGGCCAUGACGGCGGCAGACAUCUUGAAAGGGAGUGGAGCACAAAAGGGCGGAGAGGUCGAGGCUUCUGCCGUGACUGACAGGGGCCCGGCAGACAUUUUGCGGAAGAAGAAGAAAAAGAAAAAGAAGAGAAAACAAGAUGGAGGCCAACAUAAUGUAUAAAUAAAUUGUGGAUUAAAAAUGAAUUCAAAUAUA